AUGCAGAUGCCAAGAAUAUGCAGGGAAAUGAGCUGGUCCACGGCCGUGUUCCUCGGUGGCGCAGUGUUCAUUGUCAUCGAAGAGACCACGAAGAAGGUCAUCAAACAGAUUGGGGUGACAUAUGGCCUACCCGCCAUGGUGGGUUCUCUUGGCAUUUGUCUCUGUUGCGUUCCAUGCAUCUUCUUGUGUGUGACCUGGUGCUGCUGCUGUGCAAUAGAGUUUCGAAACGGUUCUGGGCAGGGUGUCGUCAACGGGCCUUUGCCACCGAUGGUUGCAGCAGAGGCGGCUCCCCAGUACUACCAGGGCCCGGAGCCGGUCGUCUUCGUGAUGGCCCAGGUGGUAGGACAAGAAGGAAAGCGGAAUGAGCAGAUUGCGUGA